UUACAGUUGGCGGCAAUGAAUCCGUCAGCCAAUCACGUUCAACAUAGAUGGCGCUUAUGUGCCGACGCGAGACGACCCAAGCUAGCUAGCACCGGGAACAUUGCUUCGAGCUCCAUACAUUUUCUUCUGGUUCUCUACGUCUGCAGUUUGGUUGUGUACCAGUUCAAAAAUUAUUUCAAAAUUUUUGCCAUCAGGAAAAAAGUUAAAAUGACGGACAAGCCUAAGCGUCCAAUGUCUGCAUACAUGUUAUGGCUAAAUAGUGCAAGAGAACAAAUCAAAGCAGAUAAUCCAGGCCUCAGAGUCACUGAAAUUGCCAAAAAGGGAGGAGAAAUAUGGAGGUCAAUGGAAGACAAAAGUGUUUGGGAGGCGAAGGCCGCCAAAGCGAAAGAGCAAUACACAAAAGAUCUGGAAUCAUACAAUGCCAAUGGAGGCGGUGGUGAGGGUGGUGGCAAAAAGGCACAGAAGAGAGGAAAGAAGGGCAAGAAAGCUACCGCUGCGCCUGCUAAAUCUAAGAAGAAGAAGGAGGAGUCUGAAGAAGAGGAGGGUGAGGAGGAGGAAGAAGAAAGCGAUUGAUCUCCCAACUUAAAUGGCAUUUCUGUUCAUAUUGAAUAAUUUUCUUAAACUUAAUUUAUUACAAAUUAAAUAAAAAAAGGACUGACUUUCCAAUAUCUGUAUGAAUUACCAUUUUAUAUAAGUAUAUUUCUUAUUAAUGAUUUUCUAAUUUUUCUGAAUGCAAAAGCUAAAUUAUUUAUUUGGUCAAUUUUUUAAAUUUCUGAUUAUUUUGUAAUGUAAUUUUUUGUUAUAUAAUAAUAUAGUGAUUACAUUUUGUGUGCAGAGUUUGGAAAGUUCCACCGCAGGCUAAGGUCUAGAUUACUAAGCCUCAAAAAAAUAAUGUUUAAGUGUUAAGCAUGUAUACACUGGGGAAUUGUACAGUUAGCCCUCCCUCGUUAAGUUCGCUGUGACACCUGGAUGCUCAUUUUAAG